AUGGCAACCAUCAUUAGUUUCACUCCGCUCGUGUGGCAACUGCCGAAAAUGUUGUGCUCAAGAACGUAUGGAUGUGCAUGUAAUGCGAUAAAUACUUUAAAGAUCAGAGGGAUCGUUUGCAAUGCGCUACAAUAUUCAUCAGUCAGGCAGCACAGUGUUCGCUCGAUCCAUACAUCCAUGCGCCUUUCCUCCUGCGAUUCUCCUGCACCCGAUGACGAUCCCGAUGUACAUUUUUUUUAUCCUGAUGUUGCAGGAGCUAUAAAACAACUUGAAUCAAAUCAAGUUGACGAAGAGGAGCAUCACCAUGAUUAUGAUCUCACUAUGGAUUCAAACGCGCAGGUAUGGAUGCUCUCUCAAUCGAUGGUCGAAGGAGAAGGUAAGCCUUUCAAAUGUAUUCUCUCCUCGUCUCUUUCACAAGAAAAAAAUAAUACGCACGAAUCUGUGUUGCAUCAAAGUGCAAUGCUCGAUCGCAACGCUUCGACCUUGGCUGCUGGAAAUGCACGUAAUCGCUCUAUACUAGGCACAGGAUUCUCGAAACGAUCCAUCGGAACAUUACGACACUUUUCCAGCACAAGUUCAACAUGCUUCCACAAAACGUUAUAUCAUUAUGCAACUCUUGAAUCUUCUCCUUACGAUGUUUUACAUAUACCAAAAAAGGCGACUCGCAGCGAAAUUAAAUCGAGUUACUACGCGCUCGUAAAAGAAUUACAUCCGGAUACAGCAAGUCCAAAUUUAUCUGAUAAAGAAAAAAAUGCAAGGCUCGAGAAGUUUCGUACCGCUGUUCAAGCCUACGAGCUAUUGAUGGAUAAUAAAAAGCGCUCCCUGUAUGAUCAAUUUGGUGUCGGGUGGGCCGACCAUGGUCGUUCUCGAUCAGCAACAUUUAGACCUCGCUCUGACGACGAUUUUGAGCACUGGCAAAUGUGGACAGAAAUCUUGCGCCGAGCCAAGCACCGCCACGGAGCUUCUUGGCAGCGCAUGGCUCAAAAUCCAUACUAUCAAUACCAUUUCUACGGCUACACAAGGAUGACACCGGAGGAUAUGAAAAAACAGAGAGAAGCUACGCCAUUGAAUCAAAAAAUCUUUGUUACAUUGUUUGUGUUCACGAGCAUUUUAACAGUCAUUCAGAUCGGUGGUUUACGCGCGUAUGGCACGCGCGAUUCAAACAUCGCCAUACGCCACAAUGCAGAAAUUGCUCAAAACUUGGAAAACGCUCGACAAGUAGCACGGAGUGAAGAAGGCCUACAACGUCAGCGUCAAAUGUUGGAACGUGCUCGUGAACACAAGCGUGCUCGCGAAGAAUACAUGCUUGAUGCAUUACCCACAUCUUCUCAAAUUUCCCCAUAG